GUCACUCUUCUCCAUCCGAUCUCUCAUCCUCUCUCUCUCUCUCUCUCUCUCGUUUCGCUCUGUGGUUUCAGUUACAGUCAAAUCCAUGGCGACCCAAGGUCAAGUCAUCACCUGCAAAGCGGCGGUGGCCUGGGAACCCAACAAGCCUUUGGUUAUCGAAGACGUCCAGGUGGCUCCGCCGCAGGCCGGAGAGGUCCGCGUCAAGAUUCUCUACACCGCUCUCUGCCACACCGACGCUUAUACCUGGGGCGGCAAGGACCCUGAAGGUCUCUUCCCUUGUAUACUUGGUCAUGAGGCUGCAGGGAUUGUUGAGAGUGUUGGUGAAGGUGUUACUGACGUUCAGGCGGGAGACCAUGUCAUCCCUUGUUACCAGGCUGAAUGCGGAGAAUGCAAGUUUUGCAAAUCCGGGAAGACGAAUCUCUGUGGAAAAGUACGUGCUGCCACUGGAGUUGGAGUCAUGAUGAGUGAUCGUCAGAGCCGUUUCUCUAUAAACGGAAAGCCUAUUUACCAUUUUAUGGGAACCUCGACAUUUAGCCAGUACACUGUUGUUCAUGAUGUUAGCGUUGCCAAGAUAGAUCCAAAAGCUCCUUUGGAGAAAGUAUGCCUUCUCGGAUGUGGUGUUCCUACUGGUCUUGGAGCCGUUUGGAACACAGCAAAAGUAGAAGCAGGGUCAAUUGUUGCUAUUUUUGGCCUUGGAACUGUUGGUCUUGCAGUUGCCGAGGGUGCCAAAACAGCUGGUGCAUCACGAAUAAUUGGCAUCGACAUCGAUAGCAAGAAGUUUGAUACCGCAAAGAACUUUGGAGUUACUGAAUUUGUGAAUCCAAAGGACCAUGAGAAGCCAAUCCAACAGGUCAUAGUUGAUCUCACUGAUGGUGGUGUUGACUAUAGCUUUGAGUGCAUUGGGAAUGUUUCAGUGAUGAGGGCUGCCUUGGAGUGCUGCCACAAGGGCUGGGGAACAUCAGUUAUUGUAGGUGUUGCGGCAUCAGGGCAGGAGAUAUCAACUCGUCCUUUUCAGCUGGUGACUGGUCGUGUGUGGAAGGGAACAGCCUUUGGUGGUUUCAAGAGCCGCUCACAGGUGCCUUGGCUUGUAGAGAAGUACUUGAAGAAGGAAAUCAAAGUUGAUGAAUACAUCACCCACACUUUGACCCUUGGGGAAAUAAACAAGGCAUUUGAUUUGAUGCAUGAAGGGGGAUGCCUCCGGUGUGUGCUUUCUACAGAAGCAUAAGAGCGCCUGCCUCCAAGUUUCGCAUGGGAUGAAACUUCUUGUUCCCUUUUUCUUUGUUAUAUAUCCCUCUUACCGAUGGCUGUUUCAAAAAAUAACUGGAUGUUGCUGCUUUUUAAAGUAGAACUGCAGACUGGUUUGCUGGAUGUUGUGUAUUGAAGGAGGCUUUUGCUUGUUAAGAAGAGUGAAACAGUCUUGAUAUUAUGCUUUCUUGUUGGUCACAAUUCAAUCAUUUU